AUGCUCAGCCACCGCCCGAUAUCCAUUCACGAAGAUGCUCCUCUGUACGCGAGGACACCUGGGCGAGCUCUCAAGGGCCGUGAUCUGCUCCAAGAGAAUACUAUCCAGCGUACGCGGCCGAUGACCGGCAAAGUGGUCAAGCAGCCCUACCAGACCCCUCUGCGUGAUGACAAACCCGGAAAGAUCUUUACUAUAGGCAAGGGGACGGCAUCUCGUCCGCUCGGCGACAAGACACCUUUCCCCAACCGCGCCGCAUUCGCAGCCACUCCAGGACCCGCCGGGGCCAAACUUGCUGCACUGCUCUCUCAGACUCCGGGACACCUUCUGAGACCAAGCUCUAUGCGACAGUCAACCCGCCGUCGUAGCUCUGGGCGGCCCAACGUGUUCGAGACUCCCAUGAAUGCAGGCGACCACUGGAACGUCAGUGACACAGAGGUCGAAGUUGAUGCCGUCGAAGAGGAACCCGAGCUCGCUCCGACUGACGAUUUCGAUGAGAUUGAGUAUAUGCCACCAACAGCCAUUGACGUUCCCUACCAGCCUGCUUUCGAUAUGCCAGACUAUGCCCUAACCGGUGCCCAGCUCUAUAACACAAUGCAUUCAUUCCCGUACGAUGAUUGGGCCGACUUAUACUAUGCCGCUGAGCGCGAUCAUAUUGGAGACGAAGGUUUGCUCCAGGCUAGUGGUUAUACCGAUAACUGGGAUAUACUGCAACUACCAGAGCUCGAGGAUGACAGUCCCUUCACGACAGCUCCCAAGAUCAUCCCCACAACCGCUCCCUUACCUUCAAUUCCUGGACGCGGCGCGACUUCACGCCCAUUGAAUGCCAACAGGACGCAAGCUUCCGCCUUUGGCGCUCGUGUUGCAUCCUCUGGUUCAUCUAUGCGCACAGGUCUGGCGACGACCACUGCGUCUGGUCGGCCCGCUGGCGCAGCAUCCACGAUCAGUAAACGAGCAAUGCCCUCAUCGACCACGAAUGCCGCGUCGUCUACAAGGGCUGCAUCGCGAACUGCCAGUACUGUCAAGCCCUCCCCAUCAUCCAGCCGCGCGCCAAGCACGCUUCCGGCCACCCGACCCACAACGGCUGCAUCUAUCCGCCCUCCGCGUGCUCCUCUGGCGCCCAGCACGGCUCGCCCCGCUACUUCAAUGGGUUCCCGUACGGCGAAGGCAGCCGCCAUUCCCCGUUCUGCAACCUCCAUGGCUACUCGGCCAAUUUCUCAGAGCAAGACACAACCAGGCGCUGGGCGAUCGGCUGCAACGGCGGCCAGCAAGCCUUCCUCCCUACCUGUGACUCUGAGUGCUGGGGCGCGGAAAGCCACGCACGGACAGGCGGACGCCAAGUCCACACAGACUACUUCGAAUGACUCGCUCAUUAUUUCUUUUGAUUCUCCCGCCACUGAUCCUGAUGAUUUUGUAUUCGAGAUAUAA